AUGAGCACCACAACCAACGCCCUUGAAAGCGUAACUCCAGUUCCGCAUACCGAAUUGGAUGAUGCAACUGGCGCCAUUUUUCAAGGGCUAAUUGAAGCAGCCUACGAGAUUCCAUGGUAUGCCAACACGGAAGCAGAGGUCAAAGGGGCGUGCGAAGAUUUGAAUCAAAGAAUCAUUCGAGCCGUGACUGAGAAUCCAAUACUUGCAAGGGUUAUCGACACGAAUCUCUUGGAUUGGUCGCUGUUGCUUCUGGCAUGCGAGAAGUUGCACAGAGAGUGGUCCCAUCCUGCUAUCAAGUUUCUCAUUGAGAAGAAUCCUGCUGCUCUUGUGUGGAGACGUAGCGACAUGGAUCAUGGAGGUGCUGCCCCCAUUCACGUCAUUGCAAAAAACAGCAUCCAUUGUGAACUGAUGGGUUGGAUUGCAGAGACCUAUCCUUGGGUGCUUGAUCAUCGUCAUUGCCGCAGAUACCCCCCAACGUUUGAUCUUCUUGAACAAUAUUCUGGGUCGGGCUGCCCGGCAUCCUCCGUGCGUCGCUUCCUGCAAGCCUACCCCAAUGCUCUUUCUCAGAAGAACAUGUAUGGGGAUAAACCCUUGGGAGCUGUCGUCGGGGGUUAUAAUGAAUGUGAUGCCGAACUCUUCAAGUGGAUGGCGGAACAAGAUCCAAAGGCCAUGAAACGUAGAAGUCGCAUGGGGAAUAUCUCAGUUCUAGAGAGAGUUUGUUUCGGUAUGAAUGAAUUUGCACACUACGGCAAUGACUCGAUUGAAAUAAUAAAAUACUUGAUUAAAGAAUGCCCAAAACUCGUAAGGCAGAGAGGAGGAAGGGCUCUGCCCAUCCAUGCCCUUGUGGAGAAAUGCAAUCGUCGGGUUGUUCAAGAUGCAACAAUUCUUUUGUUGAAGGCAUAUCCAGAAUCGUACGACAUACCCGGGAGAUUUCAUAAAGCUCCUAAUACUUCUCAAUUCGUCAAGCGCAUUUUGCCUUUGAUUGAUAGAGAGAGGGAAUUGAAGGAAUUCAUGUCCAUGUUGACUGAUGUAUCGACUCACUUCCCCAAGGCCAUUUCAGUCAACAACAGCACUCUUCUCCAUGGUGUUUCCAAUGUCCUUGCUGCUUGGAGCACGGAUCGUCGCAAGCGAGUUGAAUUAGAGCUACAAGGGCUACCAGCUCAGAUGGAGGCCGUCCAGAAAGAGUUUGAAGGCCCCGAUGUAGAAUCAGAUGAGGAAGAUUUUGAUGAAGAUGACGAUGGCGAGAAUUCUCAGUGGGAUGGUGGCCAAGACGAAGAAAGCGACAACAGCUCUGAUGACAGCGAUGACUCUAUGGAUGAUGAUAGCGAUGGCGACUACUGA